AUGGCUUUCGACGAAAAUACUGUUCGCAUCAGUGUCCUUGCUACGCGCAUUCUCUUGUUCGUCAUUGCAGCCAUCAUCAUCUAUGUGUCGGCGAGGAUACGCAUUGUAUUGAAGUCUGCGGCAGGCUGCCAAUAUCACGACCACUGCGGUUUCGAUGAAUGGAUAGCAUUCAGUCGUUUCAACGAAUUCACCGGGGUUUGGGGAAUAUUGGCGGCAGGUCUGAGCAUUCUCGCCUUGAAUACAAUUCCAGAUGCCCCAGCCAUAUCCGACGGAUUGCUGAUGGUCUUCUACCUCACUGGAGCAAUCGCCGUCACCGUCUUGCCUAUCGGCGUACCUGCUCAAAUUUUCUGCGAAGAGUGGAAGAUAGAUUCCCAGCCCCCUUACACGCACCGUGUCGAGCGCAGCUGUACCAUUAAGCCCCUCAUCCAAGCGGAGCGAACUUUGCUUUGGAUCGCAUGCAUCCUCAGCGCCUUUGCACUUACUGAAAGACUGAUCACUCAUCGUUCGAGAGCAAUCGCUUCUUUGGACAAGGAGAGCAAGGACAGCGAGGAGAGGGAAGAACUCUUGGACUUGACAUCGGAGUAA